UUAAUCUCUCUCUUUCUCCCUAUGUGUCCGCUUCUUUGAAAAAAUUGUGUAAUUUUGUGAAUUCGAAAUUGUUGUUUCGAUAUUUGUUUUUUCUGAGCUGUGUUUUUCUUUCACAUUGGAAUGUGGUUGGAGUUUUCGUCUUAGUUACUGUUUGUUUUCCGAUAAAACGGAGAGUUAAAAGAUUGCUGAAAGUUCUCAAUAUUUCAUAUCAAUUUAGCUCUAUUGUUAAUAUAAAAGUGGUAAAAGAAAAGGAGACUAAUUCAAAUUCGGCUAUGCCGAGUACUGGUGUUCGUGUGAUUAGAAAUUCAUAGUUGUAGAUUUGCAUAUUCCAUUUUUUUAAUAAAAAGAAAAAUACGGGCCUUUUUCUCGGUGAGGAAAUUGAAAGUAUUGUUGAAUAUAUAUAUUUUUGGCCAAGCAUAGAUAGCUACUUGCAUCCUUGUUUUAAUUUCUAAUUUUUCAAUUGCAUCCUUUUUAGAUGAUUUAUUUUAUUAUUUUGGAUUUAAAUUGAUUUGAUUUAUCUGCUUCGGCUAUCGAAAAUCGAGGACUUCACUCAGCAAGCUGGCUCUUUUUUUUUUUUAAAUGUGUGUUAUAAUUGUAUUAGGUGCAAAUUUUAAUUUUAUGGCUAAGCUGUUAAAAAUCAAUGGAUGAAUGACUUUACAUGCGGCCAUGUGGAAGAUCUGAUUGAAUUUGCUGAUGUAUUUCUUGUGAAACUCUUCUUGUUUGGAAAUCCAGAGGCCUCAUUUGUUAAAGAACACUUUGUUUGAUUCAUUUGUAAAAACGGAAUUAUGUUUUACAUUUUUGGUAUACAAGCCUCAUAAAGGCUGAGUCCACUUAUUGCUGUCCGGCCCAGCCCUGGUUUUUGAUCUAUGGGGAAUCAUUUAAGUUGUGUGUAAAGAAAAUGGAUCGAUCCAUGAAACUCAACUCUUGUACUGAAGUUCUAUUGGAGGUCUCAAAGACUUGUUGGUUUUAGAUGAUACGAGCUGGCCGCAGCUUGUAGAAGCUGCUUUUGAGAAUGUUGAUAAUUUUCCAGCUGAUAUUCGAUCAUUCUUACAAUGACAAGUCUGUUCCUGUCAACAUCAUACAUUUCAUGCUACAGUUUAGCACUAAACCAUGUAUGCAAGCUAGUGAUCAAGCCUAUGUCGAUACAGUAGACAUCUCUAUUUGGAGGUUGUUAGAAGUGCAUUGACAAAUUGUUGAUUGUCAUCUGCUACAACUUCAAUAAUGGAAAGGUAUAAAAUUUUGGAGGAGCUUGGAGAUGGUACCUGUGGUAGUGUGUUCAAGGCCUUCAAUAUAGAAACAUUUGAGAUUGUUGCUGUAAAGAAAAUGAAAAGAAAGUUCUACUUCUGGGAAGAGUGCAUGAAUCUAAGAGAAGUUAAGGCCCUUCGUAAGCUAAAUCACCCUAAUAUUGUAAAGUUAAAGGAGGUUGUCAGGGCAAACGAUGAACUAUUCUUCAUUCUUGAAUUCAUGGAACAUAAUCUUUACCAAAUCAUGAGAGAGCGACUAAGACCUUUUUCCGAAGGGGAGAUACGCAACUUCAUGUCUCAGAUGCUGCAAGGACUUGCUCACAUGCAUAGAAAUGGAUAUUUUCAUCGAGAUUUGAAACCUGAGAACUUGCUAGUGACAAAGGAUGUUCUCAAAAUUGCUGAUCUUGGACUGGCAAGAGAAGUAUCAUCAAUGCCUCCUUAUACAGAAUAUGUUUCUACACGGUGGUACCGUGCUCCAGAAGUCUUGUUGCAGUCUUCCUCUUACACUCCUGCAAUUGAUAUGUGGGCUGUUGGUGCAAUAUUAGCAGAGCUUUUCACUUCAUCUCCUAUUUUCCCUGGUGAAAGUGAAAUAGAUCAACUGUAUAAGAUAUGCUGUGUUCUGGGUGCUCCAGAUUGGACUUCUUUUCCUGAAGCAACAAACAUCUCUCGUCUAAUCAAUAUUAGCUGUUCAGAGAUUUUACCUACCAACCUAUCAGAUAUCAUUCCCAAUGCCAGCUCAGAGGCUGUUGAUUUAAUCAUGCAACUUUGCUCAUGGGACCCAUUAAGGAGGCCAACGGCGGAUCAGGCAUUGCAGCAUCCUUUUUUUAAUGUGGCUGCAUGUGUUCCUCAUCCACUAAUGCAUGAUCCACUUGAGCUGAGGCUAAACAACAUGGGGGCGAAGCCAAAUCUUGAGUUGAGUCUAUGGGAUUUCAACACUGAACCUGAUGAUUGUUUUCUGGGCUUGACACUUGCUGUAAAACCAAGUGUUUCAAACUUAGAGGUGGUCCAUGAUGUCUCUCAAGGAAUAGAGGAGGAUUUACUGUUUUGUCCUAGGUUGGAAGAUCAUCCAGAGCAAUCAGUUUUUUGGUCAUUGCUUACUCCUGAUCAAAAUGGAAUUCAUGCACCAGUUGAAUCCUCCUUGUCUCUCUCGUUCAGUUCGAUUCAGAAUACACCAAUUGGAGUUCCACAAUCUACUGGAUUCGCAAUCACAUCAUUGCAGCCUAACCUUUUAGAACGGCAAUUGUUGGCUGUGUCCUCCCCCUUCCACCUUUGACCGAGUUGAGUGGAUAAAUCUAAUAAGGGGCUGUAGAGAACAUUUAUAAUUUAUUUCAUUGGUUUUCUGUAAAGUACCAUUUGCACCCUCAUAGCUGCCAGCAUUGGUCUGGCAAAAUCGGUGUCCUAGGUAUGUAAGUUUUUAAGAUUUCGUCAUUUCAAAGUUAUAGGAAAUUACUCUUACAGUCAAAGUUGGCGCAAUAUUCAUUUUGGUUAAUGUACAUUUUCUUCCAUACGAAUCUCUCUCACACAGUAUGAAUGUAUGUAUGCAUGUGUAAAUUUACGUAACAAAGGGAAAAAGUCUCAUUCUGGAGCAAAUCAGUGAUAAUGAAUUUUCGAGUAUAUUCAUAACAAAAUUCUAAUAUUUGAUGAAAAGCAGGCACUGAUUUUUUCUCGGUUCUGGAAAACAUGAAGAUUUGAUUGAAUUAUAAGGGCUCUAUCUGGGCUUGGCUGGUGGAAUAAAAUCAAACUGUGAAAGCUGCCGAGUGUGGAGGAUAGUAGUCAUCGACAAGCCAGGAGGCCAGUAAUAGGGAGUUUUGCAUGACCAUAUAAACAAGAUUUGCCAAUGGAAACGCUAAGCCAGGACACAGCUUUUGAUUACUACAGAAGAUUAAAUAUCUGUAUAUAGAAAAUUUGGUCUCCAUAGAUUAUUGAGAAAAAAGUUUGCAGGAAAGAAAUAAGGCAAAAAAAAAAAAGUCUAAAAGCCAACCAGAAUUUGCAUCAUUCUUCAACAACUCCUUGACAUUGACAGCUUCAUAAAAUGCAUCAAUUUAAAAAGGUCAUGGAGGGGGUUUACGGUCUAAUGCAGAGACAUUUCUGGCCCUAAUUGAACAGGAGUUGUUCUUUUUAGUUUUUAAUUAAAGUCAAUUGGUGGGAUUGUCUACUCCCCAAGUUUCUAAUUCUUCAGCAAGAUAAAACAUAGAGCAGCAUUCGCCAACUACCAACAAUUGAACCUUAUCUAACCUGGACCCCCUCUUGGAGGGCAUCCUAAUGUAAAUGCAGCGUUGUCAACAACCCGAAAACCUCAAGUACCCUCCCACCCCACCCCCCACCCCCCAAAAAAAAAAAGAAAGAGAGUAGCACUUUGGUGAGAUCAUGGCCAUUAAAUCAACAAGAUAUUAAAAAUAGAUUAAGAUUCUAAGAUCUAAAUUUCUGACCAUGCAGAUUAGUAGAGAACAAAAUAAAACUAAGAGUGUGAGAAAAUAAAACCUUAAUAUUUAUUUUUAUUUUCCAUGUUCUCAAAUGGUGUUUAAAUUUCAAUUUCCUCCUCGUUACAUAGAAGAGAUCUUAAAAAAAAAAAAAAAAAGAAAGUAUGACUCACCCCCGAAAUUCUCUCGCAGAGGAUUUAUG